AUGUCGAAAAGGACAUUCUCAGCCGCGGUCGCGGUACUAGUCGCGAUCCUCGCCUACCUCGCGGUGACGCUCGUUGGGCAGGACGAGGCAUACGUCGCGCCGGUCCAGGGCAAGAACAACACGGCCCUGUUCGUCGUCCUGCCGCACCAUGGCCUGUCCAACGUGCACUUGGCCACGGCCCAGGCGCUCAUGGAGCGCCACCCGCAGAUCAAGAUGGAGUUCCUGUCGUUCCCCAAGAUCGCGGGCAAGGUGAAGCGCAUGUCCGACCUGGGCCUGGCGAGCAACCCCAAGGCGCAGCCGAUCGGCUUCCGCAAGCUUCACGGCCGCAACUACGACGACGUGCUCGCGGAGGUGGUGGGCACCGACGGUAUCGAGGGCGUCCUCACGCUGCCGGGGCUGAAAGGCAUCGACAAGUUCUGCAGGGACCUGCAGAUGUACGUGUCGCCCUGGCCGGCUGAGGAGCACUACGAGAUCUUCUCCGAGAUCGCCCAGGUCAUCAACGAGACCGACCCUGCCGUGGUCGUCCUGGACUCUAUCUUCGCGCCUGCGAUCGAUGCCACGCGUGAGAGCAAGCGGCUUCACUCUAUCAUUUCUCCCAAUACGAUCGUCGAUAUCUUCGCUGCUAAGCAGCCUUGGGGUGGCAUGUUCUGGAAGUACCCCAUGAUGGGCGCGGGUUUCAAGUUCCCUCUCCCCUGGUAUAACAUCCCUUCCAAUGCGUACCAGGUCGCCCGGCUGGUCGCCCGCAUGCUCUACACGCCCGAUGUCACCGCCAAGAAGAAGUACCUCAUGGAGAAGGGGCUCAAGAACCCGAUCAACUUCUUCAAGAUGCACCACGAGGACGCGCCGUGGAUCACGCAGACCAUGGAGGGCGCGAGCGUGCCCGUCGAGGUCAUCCCGCGCAACGUCUCUGCCGUGGGCCCCAUCGUCAUAUCCGUCGCGUCGGCCGAGGAGCAGGACCCCAAGAUGCACGCUUGGCUCGCCAAGGGGCCGACCAUCCUGGUCAACCUCGGCAGUUCCGUCACCUACAGCCAAGUGCGCGCGACCGCCAUGGUCCAGGGGAUGAAGCAAGUGUUGGACCAGACCGACGUUCAGAUCCUGUGGAAGUUCCGCAAGGCCGAGGAAUACUCUGAUGACUUCUUGGCCCCUGUCAAGGACUACCUUGCGAGUGGACGGCUGAGGCUGGAGAAGUGGCUGACUGUCGACCCGACCUCCAUCCUGGAGAGCGGCCACGUCGUCGCAUUUGUGCAUCACGGUGGAGCUAACUGCUACCAUGAGGGCGUCUACGCUGGUGUUCCGCACAUCAUCCUGCCCCUCUGGGUUGACCUCUACAACUUUGCAGCGCUCGUGGAGACGUUUGAGAUCGGAGUGUGGGGGUGCCCAAAGACGUCGCCCUACUGGUCAGGAGAGUGUAUCGGCGAUGCCAUUCUCAAGGUCGUUGAUGGCGGUGAAAAGAGCAAGGCCAUGCGCGAGAAUGCGCGGAGCCUGGGAGAGGCUGCCAAGAAGACUCCUGGCCGAUACGGUGCUGCUGAGACGAUUGCACAGCUCGCAGGCUCAGGUUACUAG